CUCAAUAAUCGUUUAGUGGUUACGAGCAUCAGUGGUAAAUAAUCUCCAAAACUUCAAAAAAUGAGUUUCAAAAAGGCUACUCUAAAGCAAUCCUUUUACUUAAGCUUAUUGUUGUUCCCAUUUGUGUUUUCAAUGCCCUUAGAAGAGCACGCUUUUACUGACAGUUCGUCUAAAUCUGGCAAUGCUUUCGCUGUGGAGAUUGUUACGACCGAAGCGUUUAGAGUUGUGGAUAAACGAUUUCUUUCUGUGGCUAUCGAUACACAUAUACUUGAGAUACAUUGGAAGUGUUUUAAUUUCUCGUCAGUAAGACUUUUUACCUUAGCCAAGGGUCUUCAACCAGCUUAUUUAAGAAUUGGAGGAAGCGGACAAGAUUUUCUGUUUUACGAUGGUGAAGUACACAAAAUGAAUGGCGUCGAUCAUGCUGUGCAGUCUCGAGAAUGUAAAGAUGAACAAGGAAGGAAUAUUAAUGGACAGAAGAAAAAAGGAAUCAAUUUUACCAUCAACAGCGAUGAUUUGGAUAACAUUCAUGAGAUUUCUGAAAAAGCUGGUUGGGAUAUUGUGUUUGGAUUGAAUCUGUUGUUGCGAAGUGAUGACGGUUCAUGGAAUUCGAGUAAUCCUUUGGAGAUCAUGCGUUACGCGGCUAAGAAUGGUUACAACUUUGCUUGGGAGCUUGGAAAUGAACCCAACAAUCUAGGCCAGUAUGGCACGCCAAUUACCGCAGAGCAAGAUGCCAUGGCUUUCUUAACGCUAAGACAGAUUCUAAAUGAUGAGCCUGAACUCGGAAGAAUGUUGAUUGGACCAGAUGUUGAUCGCAUAUGGGAACAACCAAAAGCGCGGGAAUAUCUCAAUCAGUUUCUUCUUCUAGCCCCAGACACUGUAGACGCUAUUUCAUGGCAUCAGUAUUAUGUCAAUGGAAGAACAAGCACUGCGAAAGACUUCUACGACGUGCAAAUACUGGACACCAUGUUGGAUCAACUGAAUGACUUCAAUGACAUUGUCACCGUUAGAGCACCACAGACCAAAGCCUGGAUCGGAGAAACGAGCAGCGCAUGGGGCGGAGGGGCUGAGGGCUUGUCUGAUAGAUAUAUUGCUGGUUUUAUGUGGUUGGAUAAACUUGGACUCUCUGCUCGAUUGAACCAGGACGUGGUCAUCAGGCAGACAUUUUUUGGGGGAAACUAUGCACUUAUUGGAACGGAUUUACUACCAAACCCGGAUUACUGGCUGUCUCUUUUAUACAAGCGACUGGUUGGUCAAGAAGUCUUGAAGGUAGAGCAGGGUACCGAGAGAGGAAGAUUGCUCAGGGUUUACGCACACUGUACAAACUCUGCUGGUGAAUACCCGGCAGGGGCAGUGACUGUCAUAGCUCUCAACAUUAACCCAAAAGAACAAGCCACAUUUAGGCUGACAGGGGAUCUACGAGGGAUGGAUGUUGAUCAGUAUCUACUGACACCGUAUGGCGAUGAUUUGACGGAGCGGAGAGUAAACCUCAAUGGCAAGCCUCUAAAACUGAUCGAUGACGCAACUCUCCCAAGUCUACAUCCAGUGCGAGUAUCGUCAGAUCUACUUGUUCUUCCAUCUCUGACGUUCUCCUUCUUUGUCGUACCCAAUGCAAAAGCCGAGGCCUGCAAAACCACUUUAUACUCUUAAGCAAUAAAAUUUUUAUCUUUUGUCCCAAUGCCCAAGUAAACUAGACCUCCAUCUCAAAGAAAAAUCCUGUAGUUUCGGUGACUUAGAUUUCUUAUCAAGUUUUACUCUAUGUCAUCUUUUCAGUUUUUUUUUCAAUGCCUAAGAUAAACUAGCUCUCCAUCAAAUAAAGAUACUGUAGUUUCGGUGA